AUGACUUUGCCCUACUUUGAUCUCGAGACCAGUGUUCAAACCGGAUUUAUCCUCUCUGGACUCACUCUCUAUCCAGCAAUCGACGCAUUCAUUUUGAUGUUUGUGGUCACGGACUACAGGAAAGCUUUUCAGAAUGCUCUGAAGACCUUUUCAUCUCGCGGGAGCCGAUCACACUCACCUCCUAUGAAAGAUCCCAUUGAGCAUAACAAACGCGAUAUUGAGAAAAUGAAUGAGAAUCUCAAAUACUAUGAGAAAUUCGUGAAGAAAAUCUACAUCCUAGGCGCCCACCCACUUUACCAACACUCAUUCGUUGAUUUCUUCUUACAAAAUCUUAUAAAUCGACCGGAGAUUCCGGAAACUCUUCAUAUGAAUCGAUGGGCGGCUGAAAAUGAAAUGAAGAUUGUGAGAAAACGAUUUAGUAUGGUGAAGUGUGAAAACUGUGAGGUAUUCGAAUUAACGUCUGCAUUUCUCUAUGGCGACAAAUAUCUAACUUUUGAUGAAGAAGAAUCAAUAUCAUAUGUCGACAACACCGGUCAUCUAACUUCAGCUGGUCUGAAGCUAUGCAACCCCAUUUUGAGAAAUAUUACUCAAGAACUUAUGAGGACAAUCUGA